AGUGUCACAGGUGACCCGACCCCCUGGAGCACUGGUAGCAGCACUGCUGGAGUUCCUGGCAGAGGUUGCCACUCAGGAUGCAAAACAGGUGUGGGCAGAACUUGAAGGCAGCCCACUACUGCCCUUCUUAGCUUCUUCACAGAAUACAGUUGGAGUCAAGAGAGGCAAGGGGGACCCAUUCCUCGGAUAUCGUGCAGGAGGCCUCCGUGCCUUGGUCUGUGGAGAGGAAGCAGCCAUGGGCAAAUAUCCCAUACUCUGUUCUUAUACUCGCUUACUAACUGCAGCCAUCAAGGGAGGUGUUAGCAGUGGUUGUGUAAGGGGUGGCGUUGUAUUUAUGGCCAGAGAGGUAACAGGAGCUCUGCUGCGCUGGUGUUACAGCAACCAGGAGGAGAGGGAGAUUGUGCUUGACCACUGCCUAGCCCUUCUACACCAUACACUGGAAGCUUCCAAGAUGGACACCAGUGUUCGUGAUCUAGUAGUGAGGCAGCUUGUAGACAGAAGCAGUGCUGGUCAGACACUGCUGUCAGUGGUUGUGAGUGGGGCAAGUUUAGAGUCGGCAUUAAACCACCCAACACACUCCCCCAUAUCUACCCACGCUCACAGACUCACACGUACGGCCCAGAUGGCUCUUUCCAUUCUCCACAGGUUAGUAGGUGAAGACAGCAGUAUGGGAGGCCUAAGUCAGCUUCUUCGUGCUGCACCGUCCCUGGGAGUGACGCUGGGUGGUGGAGGACGCUCACUUGGCAGUAGCAGUCCUCCACACUUGGCGUUAACUGUGGCUCUAUAUGCCCAUCAGCGGCUCAACCCUCGACUCUCCUACUUGGCUCUUCGCACUCUUACACGGUUUGCCCAGAAACUUGAUGUACCUUUGGUGGCAUGUUUUGGAAGUGAAGCCGAUGGGAUUCGAGAUGCACUCUUACGACGCUUAGACUCGGCAACAGAAGAUGUACGAGUGAAGGUCGCUCUGUUACGUCUCUUAACGGCUUCUACAACCCGCCAGCAGGGUCUUACAAAUGCUUUCCUCACCCCACCUGAAAAACUACUGGACCCUCUUACUUCUCUUGCAAAUCCAUCAACAAGAAAUGAAUCUGGACGAGAACUUGCCUUGGCAGUAGUAGAACUUUUGGAUGCCUUAUGGAGUGAGAAAUACACUACAGCCACAGUAUACCUCCAAGAUAAAGAAGAUUUCUGGAAGGCUUUGAUUCAUCCCAUCACCACUGGUAAGCCAGGUGAAGUUAGUGACGCUGUAGUGGGUCACUCCCUCAAAGUCGUUGCUCGACAAGUGUUCUCCAGUAAUACUAAACCCUCGGCUUCACUCAGAUCAGCCAUGGAUCAGCUGUGUAAUCCUGAUACAGGUGCCAUCUGUCAGUGGUCUAAGCACAUUGUAAUGAGCCUUGAAAGUGGAUCCAGCUCCAACAAAGAUGUGAGUGAGUUAUUGUUACCAGCAUGGCGUGACUUCGUGGUGGUGCUAGUGGCCCGAGCCAAGUCUUGGCUGAGCAGUGACCAGAAGGUGAACCUGGCAAGUGAUAUACUUCAUGCCUUGCUGCACCAGCUUGAACUGGAUACAGUAGAUGAAACAUUAACCAUCCUAUUGGCUGAACUAUACUUGUCUCUGGUUAAACAUUGUGGAAAGCAGUUAGCAGAGAAGGCAGACAUAUAUAUCAGAAUAGGGAAGCUGUUAGUGAUGGUGCAAGAGGCUGUUAUGUCUACACCAACUCACUGUCAACUCUUGAUCUUGGGUGCUGCACUAAGGAUGGUUACUCUCACUGAGGUCUCUCACCAGUCACAAGGUCAAGUUUUGUCAUUACUGAGCCCAGUGGUGGGUCUUAUACAGCAGCACGGUAGGCUGGCUGGCUCAGAGGGUCACAGUUGUACCUCUGCAUCCACCCUGGGUGUUGCUACAUCCCUCCUACAUCAGUGUCUCUUGCGCUGUCCUGUUGACACCGCCCAGCUGCACCUCACUCACUCAAAUGUCAUACCUGCACUUCUAAAUGCCACCGAGAUCUACAUGAAGAUUGGUGAAGAAGAAGUAGUUGGGGAGUUGCUACGCCUUCUGGCCACACUGUCUCGCAUCUCUCAACUGUCCGAGGAAUUUUGCUCUCAGUCAAUAUCAUCAACACUUGUCAUACCACCAUCAAAAACUGAUCUGCUUAGUGAAGUUGUUUGGGGUGUUGUAUGGGGUGUGCACCAUGAGGGUGUAGGAGGUGUGGAAGGCAGUGUGAAUGUGGCUGCUGUCCACCUGUCAGCACUGUGUGGGUCCCUGGCAGCUCCUCAUCGACAGCCGGGUCUUGCCCUAGCAACAGCUGCCCUCGUAACAGCACUUGCUCCUCAUGCCUCGCUGUGGAUUGUUCUGCACCCAGCAUCACACUCUCAGCUGACAGCGGCCACUACACGAUGUAUCAACUUAACUACACACUUGCUCUGCACGCCCAGGGUAGUACAGAUGGAGCUGAGUGGUGAGAGGACCAGUAGUAGCGUUACAUCUGAUUCUUCUGCUACAACAACAACUAUUUCUCCCAACACAACUGCUGUCCUCGACCAAAUGUUGAAAGUACUGUGCGCAUGUCUUGGUGCCAUCCGGUCUUUAGGUCCUGAUUUAACUGACCUUUUGUGUGGGCCGGGCAUAGAUGUGGCAGCUUGGACCCUUUUCUUCCAUCCAUCUUUCCGUCCAGUGUCUGCUCAUGACCCAAGUGCUCAGCCUAGUUUGGCUUCUCUGACAUCUGUUCUUGAUCUCUAUGAUAGUCAUGCAUCCAAGGAAAGUCGUGGAGUAUCACCAUGUCGUGGCGGUGCGCCAGAAGUUGGCUUAAGUGUGAGAGUAUUAGCCACUUCUGCAGAACAAGCCUUGUUGCUGCUUCUAACACAGUCUACCUUGGCACUAAUGAGUGCUGAAACUUCUCCACGUGAUGCUCUACGUGUUCGCCAUGGACUGGCUGAUGAGAUGAAUUCAUUCUUCAUGAGAUGGUUGGGUCGACGACCAGCAGUUUCACCUCUACCAUCAACCAGCACAGCUGUGCCUGGAGUCAGCAGUUCGGUUCAUAUUGAUUUAACAUACUUACGCCUUGCCCAGCAACUUGUAGGAAGAUUGUGUGCCACUAAAUGAUAGUAAGUUAUAAAUAUGCUGUAGUAAAUACUGUAAGAAGAGCAUACCAAUAUCAUAGUAUUGAGGAAUUUGUCAUCCUUUUGUGAUAGAUGGUGUACUAAUCCAAUACUGUACACUUAUAUACCACAACAGAAGAAAUAAGUUUUCAGUGAAAUGUACAGUACUGUGAUUCUGGAGUUAUAGGAAUAUGGUUAAUAUUCUCUAUGCUGGAAACUAAAGAUGUGUGAAGGCCUUGUGAAUACAGUGCUCACCUCCUGUUCCUUGGGUUGCUGGUUUGUGGCCAUGUUACUCCCAGGUCACCCAGUUGUAAUGGUCACCUAACUUUACAGUUGGGAAGUGAAAGUCAAGUGCAUUGCUAGUAAUGUUGCCUUCAUAGUGUACUAAAGCUUGGGAGACAGUGUGUUGUGUCUAGAUUGACCCAGAUAUAUUGGGCAUAAUAGAAAGGACAGUUAUAAUAUUUGAUUGUACCAUUCAGACUUUAAGUGAUUAUUGUUUAUACUGUACCACCAUUAAAAAAAAAUAAUAAUAUAUUUAUAUGAACAUCUUUAUCUUGUCUUUCAUGUACAGCAGCUAAAACAACUAUCUGUAUAUACUUUGUGGGAAACAAUACGAAACCAUGGACGAUAAAUUUCGGUAUGUGAAGGCUGUCACUAGUGAUGCGUAAAAUUUCGGAGCAUAUCGACUCCCACCUGCACAGAUAGUUGUUUUAGCUACUGUACAUGCAUAAUUGUAUAAUGUCUUUUCAAAUGGGAAUCAGGAGCACAGUGUCAAGUCAGUAUAAUAUCUCCUCGCCUAAUUGGUAUCAGUUUGAGUCCUGCUGCUGGCCAAUGAAUAGGGUGCCUCAGUUGAACUAUUAUAAGAAAUGGUGCUGUACCUAACUACAAUUGGGGAAAUUCAAGGCAGUAGAGUGCAGUGCCAACCACACUGUCUCCUUAGUCUGCAGUAUUCACACUGCCUGUAACAGGCAGGCAGGCAGGUCCAUAGGAUCCAUUUUAAAGUUUUGGAAAGAUAAGCAUUUUGAUAUACAAUAGUGCUACAAAGGAUCGAGAUUACUGGUAUAUUGAGUAUAGGAUGAAAAUCAUGGAACAUUUUAAUAUUUUUUUUAUUGCUCAUCCUGUUUCAUACUUUUGAAGGAUACAGUACUCUAGUACUCCAAACCCAUUUUUGGUGAUGUAUACUACUGUAUUUAUGUGUACAGUAAAAAACCCAUAAUUUCAAAUAUGAGUGACACCUUCUCCUGUGGGAAAAAUACAACAGUACUUUUACAUUAUCUGUCCCAGUCAAAAUUAAUAAGUUUCCGAGUACUCCGGUACUAGAUUUAGGGUUAUCAGACAAAAUGGCUCAAACACUUGGCAAUGAUGGAAAAACAAGUGGGAAAAAGCUUGUGUGAUAGACCAUAAAUGUGUACACACACACACACACAUGCACGUAUAUAUAUAUAUUUGUUGGGUAUGAAAUAUGAGUUUUUUUUACUGUAAAUGCCUUGUUCUGAGAGUUUAAGUGAUACUGUACACAUUUUGUAUUGGUUAGAAAAUACAGUAAAGAUUUUUUUAAAUAUGUUUUUAAAGAA